AUGAAUUACUGUCUGGAAGAAAGUACCGAUGGUUCAUACUUGGCUGAGUUCCUGCUGGAGAAAGGCUAUGAGGUCCAUGGAAUUGUUCGGCGAUCCAGUUCAUUCAAUACAGGUCGAAUUGAACAUCUCUAUAAGAAUCCCCAGGCUCAUAUUGAAGGAAACAUGAAGUUGCACUAUGGUGAUCUUACUGACAGUACCUGUCUUGUGAAGAUCAUCAAUGAUGUAAAACCUACAGAGAUCUACAAUCUGGGCGCCCAGAGCCAUGUCAAAAUUUCCUUUGAUUUAGCCGAGUAUACUGCCGAUGUUGAUGGGGUUGGCACUUUGCGGCUUCUUGAUGCAGUUAAGACCUGUGGCCUUAUCAACUCUGUGAAGUUCUACCAGGCCUCAACAAGUGAACUUUAUGGGAAAGUGCAGGAAAUACCCCAGAAGGAGACUACUCCUUUUUAUCCUCGUUCGCCUUAUGGAGCAGCAAAACUCUAUGCCUAUUGGAUUGUGGUGAACUUCCGGGAAGCAUAUAAUCUCUUUGCUGUGAAUGGCAUUCUUUUCAAUCAUGAGAGUCCCAGACGAGGAGCUAAUUUUGUUACUCGAAAAAUUAGUCGGUCAGUAGCUAAGAUUUACCUUGGACAACUGGAAUGUUUCAGUUUGGGAAAUCUGGAUGCCAAACGAGACUGGGGCCAUGCCAAGGACUAUGUAGAGGCUAUGUGGCUAAUGUUGCAGAAUGAUGAACCAGAGGACUUUGUUAUAGCUACGGGAGAAGUCCAUAGUGUCCGUGAAUUUGUUGAGAAAUCAUUUAUGCACAUUGGAAAAACCAUUGUGUGGGAAGGAAAGAAUGAAAAUGAAGUGGGCAGAUGUAAAGAAACCGGCAAAGUUCAUGUGACUGUGGAUCUCAAAUACUACCGACCAACUGAAGUGGACUUUCUGCAGGGAGACUGCAGCAAGGCGAAACAGAAGCUCAACUGGAAGCCCCGCGUCGCCUUUGACGAGCUGGUGAGAGAGAUGGUGCAAGCCGACGUGGAGCUCAUGAGGAACAACCCCAAUGCCUAGAGCGGCGGGCAGGCGGUUGGGCCCUUCGAUCAGUGGCCCGCGGGGAAUCGACGGGCGCAGACCAGAGAUGCGACGAUCCAGGCAGGACCUGCGAUCCAGCCACUCCCCCGCGACUCUGGCCUUCACCGCGUCGUCCCCUCGGGCUGGGCGCAAGAGGGACACCGUGGUUUGCAGCAGCCGGGACAUGACACUCCACAGUUCCAGUCGCUUUUGACGAAGCCUCCUCCAAAUGGUUUUGUAAAAUCAAAGUGUUUUAAUCAUAUAAUCACUUUACUUGAAAUUGUGUCACUACUAGACAACUUUAAUUUUGGGGCCUUCAAAUUGUCUCUUUUCUUAUCAAAUAAAAUCUUUCUGUGAA